AUGCAGGAUCUGACGUCAGCAGCAGCGUAUUACCACCAAUCAAUGAUGAUGGCGGCAAAACAGCCCGAGUUACCGGAGCAAGAGCAGCAGCUAAAGUGCCCUCGCUGUGACUCACCCAACACCAAAUUCUGUUACUACAACAACUACAAUCUGUCACAGCCCCGUCACUUUUGCAAAAACUGCCGUCGUUACUGGACCAAAGGCGGCUCUUUACGUAACAUCCCCGUCGGCGGCGGAUCACGCAAGAACAGCAAACGAUCCGGAUCUUCUUCUUCUUCUCCGUCGAGCAGCCUCAAGAAUAAAACUCUCGCUGUUCCCGAUGAGAAACCUGAUCAUCGUAGCUCGGACCCGAAAUCAGAGGAAGAAGGCAAGGUUACGGGGAAUUCGAACCGGAUGUUAUACGGGUUACCGGUUGGAGAUCCGAGUGGUGGGAGUUUCGGGUCGCUCUUGGCUUCGAAUAUUAUGUACGAAACCGGGUCGCGUUGGUAUCCGGGUGCGGGUUUGGGUUCGGAUUUUCGGAGGAGUGGUGACGCGUCGUGGACUGAUCUAGCUAUGAAUACAGUGGAGAAGAAUUGA